CACAUGAGAACAGAUUUAAGUGAACCUCAGUACCUCAAUCGUUGAAAUGUUGUUCAAAAGAAGCACUUGAAGUCAUACGUGACAGAAUGAUUAAAGUUAAGUGAAAGCAGCAUCAAAUCAAACACGUUUUCUCCGCCUCGCUCGUACAUUGCGCAACUUUCAGAGGCGUUGGAGAGGAAGCUUCCCUAGCACUGAGAGGAUAUUGCAAAAUGCGCUUUCUCAAACAUUCCUGUGACUAUGGAGAAGUGGCAAGACAGUCCGGUUAUAUACGUGCUCUUCAGGGUCCGAUGAAAAGCCGUUAAACAUGUGUACUUUUAAACAUGUGUAGUAGAAAGCGGGUUUUCACUGGCGGGAAUCACGAUGCUUUGGGAACGACUGUAGAUAUGGGUCGGCCGUCUCUCGUUUUUCUGGUCGCUGUACUUUGGGCAGCUGAAUGUGCCGUCAUAUCAACUAAAGAACCUUUAGGUUCAGAAUCCUGCAAAGAUUAUGGACAGGCGUUUGAGCGGACUUUCUCGGUCCCGGGUGAGGUGGCGUUACUGGAGUGCCAAUUAGACAUGAAAUAUAUCCUUAAUUCUACAGAAACACCGUAUAACAUCACAUGGUACGAUGAGAGAACGGGCUCUGAGAUCAUGGAGUUGGAGCAGAGCGUCAUACUCACAAAAAAACAAAUCUGGUUCCUCAACGUCACCAUGCAGCAUCACGGAAAGUACACGUGUGUGGUCAGGACUGAAAGCGAGUGCUGUAAACAGGCGAUAUGGCUGGUGGUGAAUGAAAUGACAUCAGAAAACUGUGAGAGACCGCAGAGGGCACUCCAGCGGCUCAGCGCUCACGUGAGUGACGAUAUUGCAUGCCCGCUGAGGAGAUAUUUCCAGAGCGUGGACAGUCCAUCCAUCCAGUGGUACAAGAACUGUAAGCUCCUUCAAGACGACGAGACAUUUGUUUCAAAUGUAGAUAGGCUAUUCAUACGCAAAGUGCAUUUCAAUGACGCCGGAUUUUACACCUGCAAAAUGACCUUUCGCUUAAGAGGAAUCGUCCUUGAAAUGUCCGAAACCAUAGAGUGUGAAGUGCAAGGUGAGCAUGUUCAUGUGUUAAUCUCCGACAGCACGUUGCAUCGCAUUCAUCAGGAAACCACGAAUGAAAGCCAAACGGAUGACGGUUAUGUUCUGGUGCAAACGCUCACGCUGUCGCCCGUAUUGGAGGAGGAUUUCUAUUUGAACUUCACCUGUAUGGUGUCCAGCAGCCGAGGAAAUCCCACCGGCCACAUCACACUCGUCCCUUCGGAUCCGGACCUUUCCUUGCUAAUUGGUCUUCUCCUGGGCUUUGUGACAUUUCUGUUUGUGGCAGGUGUGCUUCUCUGCACCCAUUUCAAAGUGGAGCUGGCCUUGUGGGUCAGGACUGUUUUUCCAUUCCUCUACAAAACCACAGACGGUGAUGGUAGGCUGUAUGACGCUUACAUCGCCUAUCCCAGAGUCCUCGAAGGCUCGAGCGAAAAGGCUGAGAUGUUUGCGAUGAACACGUUGCCGCAGGUCUUGGAGGGCCUGUACGGUUAUAAGCUGUUCAUUCUGGGUCGGGACGGCCUGCCUGGAGAAGCUGUGGUGGACGUGGUGCAGGACGCUCUGAGCCGCUGUCGCAGACUCCUGCUGCUCUACACGGCGUCGUCCCUCUGCAGCCCGGAGGCGCAGGAAUGGGCCGAGCAGCAGACGGGCCUGUACAGCGCGCUGGUGGAGAACUCCAUGAGCAUCGUGCUGCUGGAGCUGGAGGAGAUCCGCGAGCCGCUGCUCCUGCCCCACUCCGUCCGCCUCCUCAGACAGAAACAGGGAGCUUUGCAGGCCUGGAAGAGAAGGAAGAGGUGGGCGUUCUGGGACAGGAAGUCAGUGAACCGGAUGACCUCUCUCGAGCCCUCGGCACGCUUCUGGAGGGAGGUGCGCUAUCAUAUGCCCGUCAGAGGCAAAGCUAAAAAGACAAACUGGUUUAGUUUGUAGACGAACACUAAAUGUGAGUACUUGGGGUCAACUUGUGCUGCGUUAAAAUGAUGCAGUCGACAAUCUGGAGGUCAAUCAGCUCAUUCCAGAAGUUUAUUUUUGGCUUAACCAAACCAACCAGUUCCCGGAUGAAUCAUAACAAUGCAGACUUUCCUCUCUUUUUUUUUUUUUUUCGUUUCUGGAAGAAAAACUUGAUGAGGCAAAAAAAAAAAAGAGAAAUGGAUGUUUUUAUUUAGCAAGGGUGCAUUAAAUUGAUCAAAAGUGGCAGUAAAAUCUUUUAGAAUGUUAUAAAAGAUUUCUAUUUCAAGAAACUGUUCUUUUGAACUUUCUAUUCAUCAAAUAAUACUGGAAAAUUAAAUGUUUCAUGGUUUCUACAAAAAUAUGAAGCAGCACAGCUGUUUUCUACGACGGUGUUUUAGUGCCACGUUAAAAAAUAAAAAUAUAUAAGAUUACGAGAAUAAAGUCGAAAUUAUGGGAAAUAAGUUAAUUUUGAGAAUAAAGGCAAAAUUAUGAGUAAAACAUCUAAAUACUAUGUGUAUAAAGUCGAAUUAUUACAACAAUAAAGUCUUAACUGUUUCGAGUAUAAAGUUGAAAUAUUAUGAGAACAAAGUAGAAAUUACGAGAAUAAAAUUGAAAUAUUACGAGAGUAAAUUCAAAAUGUUUCGAGAGUAAAUUUGAAAUGUUUCGUAAUAAAGUCAAAAUGUUUUGGAAUAAAGUCGAAAUUACGAGUAUAAAGUUGAAAUAUUAUGAGAAUAAAAUCGAAAUAUUACGAGAGUAAAGUCGAAAUGUUUCGAGAGUAAAGUCAAAAUGUUUUGGAAUAAAGUAGAAAUUACGAGAAUAAAAUCAAAAUAUUAUGAGACUAAAGUCGAAAUGUUUCGGAAUGAAGUCAAAAUAUUUUGAUAAUAAAGUCGAAAUUAUGAGUAUAAAGUUAAAAUAUUAUGAGAAUAAAGUCGAAAUGUUUUGAAAUAAAGUUUAAAUGUUUCAGAAUAAAGUCGAAAUUUAUGAGAAUAAAGUUGAAAUAUUAUAAAAAUAAAGAUAAAAUAUUUCAACAAUGAACACUGUCAAGCACCAGGAAAUAUUCCAAAGUCUCAGCUUUCAAAUCUGUCAGUUUUAUAGCAUAAUACAAAAAAUAUAUCUAUUACAACAAUGUUUUUAAUGCUCUUUAAUGUGCCGUGACAGAUUGCUAUAUUCAGUUUAAGUGGCAUGUGAAUCAGUCAUCUUUCCUUCAUAACUGCUACGAUUUAAUUCUCAAAACAUUUUGACUUUAUUCUUAAAAUAUUACGACUUUAAUCUCGUAGUUCUAGAUUUUUUUUUAUUUUUUAAUGUGGCAUUCAAAUGCAUCAUAGUUUUCAACGUUGAUAAUAAUCAUAAAUGUUUCUUGAGAAGCUAAUCAGCAUAUUAGAAUGAUUUCUGAAGCAUCAUGUGACACUGAAGACUGGAGUAAUGAUGCUGAAAAUUCAGCUUUGCAUCAAAUGAAAAAAUUACAUUUUAAUAGAUAUUCACAUAGAAAACAGUUAUUUUAAAUUAAAAUAAUUAUUUCACAAUUUUUACUGUAUUUCUGAUCAAAGAAAUGCAGCUUUGGUGAGCAGAUGAGACUUCUUUGGAUUUUUACUAACGGAACUCAACUGUUUGAUUCUCUGAUUGCAACCUCAAAAUAUCAACCACAGAACUCUUCAUGAGAACUAUUUCCCAAGAUCCGUUGUGGUCUGAACAUGAACCCAGACCUGAUGCAGAUCAUGAUGUUUUCUGGUUUACGUGAGUAUUACGUCAAAGUGUGCUGAGAACACUCUUGCACACCAACCAUUCUUCAAAAAGAACCCAGCUGUAAAUACAAUGUGGAAAAAUAGCAGAAAUAAUGUGUGUAAAAACUGAUUUCUUAUGAUUAUGUUGUGGGAUACAUAAUAUGCUUUUGUCUUGUGUGUGUAUAUAUAUAUAAAUAUAUAUAUAUAUAUAUAUGUAAUAUGCUUGUGUCAGUAUAUAACGCAAAAUUGGAUUGUCACACAUUCUGUUAAACAAUCCUCUGUUCAUUUUUUAAUUUUUUUUUAAGAUUUUAACUCCAAACAUUUUAACAUAUGUUUUUAUGUACAGUACGGACUACAUUUUUACUGUAAAUAGAAAGAGACAGAGAAAAAAUAUUCGUUAAAAUAUGUUCAAAUUAAUGCUGUCAAACGAUUAAUUGUGAUUAAUCGCAUUCAAACUAAGGUUUUGUUUACAAUAUAUAUAUAUAUAUAUACUGUAUAUAUAGCAGUUUGACUUCUGAAAGUGUAACUUUUUAACACAUUGCUCCGUUUAUUUGAGCAUGUUAUUUGUUACCCGGGACUGUCUGAUCAAUACUUAUGAAACCUGUUUGUGGACUAUCAGUGGUUUUGCUAUUCCAUUCGGUCGCUGAAAGUACAGAAACAACACGCUUCUCUUUUUCGUCUAAGAAAAAGUGCAAACCGCAAAACACCAACCCAGAUUCUGUUCAACAGGUUUCCGUUCAGUGCUGCCAGUUUCUAUAAUCUACGACUUCAGCCAGUGUGUUUAUGUGUGUGGGUUGGGGUAUGAUCAGUCUUGUAAAAUAAACUGAAGUGACACAUCCUGGAGGUGUUGUGUAUAUGUAUUUUCAUAUUCCAGAUCAGUUGCUUUAGAGUCACUGCUUUAUAAAGCAAUCAUAACUUUGUUUUUCAACUAAAACCAUAUUGUAUACUGAUCAGCAGUUUCUAUAUAUUUUAGCAGUUUUCUGACUGUCCAUUGUCCCUGUCAUAUAAAGUAUGACAAUAAAAUAUUAAUAAGAGA